CGGCCGCCAUCUUGAGUGAGGGCAUAGUGUUUCCUCUCCUCUUCCGCAGCACCGCGCGCUCCCAUUGGUCCGCCGACGCUCGGCCAAUGGGAGGCAUCAGUGCUGGGAGGUGCCGGCGUGUGAGGAGCGGCGCGGAGGGACCGCGACCAUGCUGCGGCGCCAGGCCCGGGAGCGCCGGGAGUACCUGCAGCGCCGGGCCAGGGAGCAGCAGCAGCAGCGGCAGCGGGAGCGCAAGGAGACCCUGCGGCGGGCGCUGGACGAGAAUCGGCUGCUGCCCACGGAGCUGCGGCACGAGGCGCUGGCCCUGCAGAAGGAGCUCGAGUUCGACUUCCAGGCACCGGGGGAACCCACUCACUGCGUGACCCCAGCGACCCCGGGGUGGGUGUGGCUGCAGUGGGCGGAGCUGGGAAUGCAGGGGGCGUGGCCUGACAAAGCCCCGCCCCCAGAGACCGGUGACAGCCAGGAUGACGAGUACAGGUGGGCGGGGCUGGAGCCCCCCAAAGUGAUGGUGACAACGUCACGUGACCCCAGCGCCCGCCUCAGGCUCUUUGCAAAGGAGCUGUGCCUGCUGCUGCCGGGCGCUCGCCGCAUGAACCGGGGCCGUGCCGAGCUGGGCGCGCUGGUGGCGGCGUGCCGGGCCGCGGGGGUCACCGACCUGCUGGUGCUGCACGAGACCCGCGGGCGGCCCGAUGGGCUGACCGUGUCCCACCUGCCCCACGGCCCCACUGCCCACUUCACCCUGAGCGGGGCCGUGCUGCGCCAGGAGGUCGGGGGGCUCGGGGGGGCCCCGCUGGCCGCCCCCCACCUGCUGCUGCUGCGCCUGGAUUCCACUCUGGGAAAAAGGGUCGGGACCAUCCUGAAGCACCUGUUCCCCGUUCCCCGUCCCGACAGCCGCCGCGUGGUGACCUUCGCCAACGAGGAUGACGUCAUUUUAGUGCGGAACCACGUGUACCGGCGCCGGGGGCGGACGGUGGAGCUGGAAGAGGUGGGACCCCGCUUCCAGCUGAGGCCCUACCUGAUCCGCCUGGGGACCCUGGAUCAGGGGGACGCGGCCGACGUAGAGUGGCGCUGGCACCCGUACACGGCCACGGCCCCCAAGCGCCGCCUGCUCAGCGCCACCUGAGCCCCCCAGGACCCCCCUGGGGACCCCCCCAGGUGGGACCCACCUGCACACCUGAGACCACCUCGGCAGCUGAGACCCCUCUGCACUCCCCCAGGCACGGCUGGGUUUCUCACAAUCAGUUUUUAUUUGUCAGAAUAAAUCACUUUUGUCUA